GUCCGUUGCCUCUAUUCUUCUUCGAUCUCCAUUCCGUCCACAGAGAGCAGCCAUUGGGCACGCAGCUGCUGCCGCGAUCUUCUUCGGCCUACAUUGAGUCCGUUGUUCUGCUCUGUUUUUGCAUCUGAUGUAAAUUAAGAAGGGGCGUAGAUCGUUCUCACGCAAAUAGAUGUUCCCAAGAAAGUCUUUUGGGUCCCGGUCGCUGUCAGCAUAAGCCCUAACCGUGCUGCCCUCCUUUACCUGAACCCUAGUUGGACUGCAGUCGACCGUCGACGACUUGCUGUAGAAGAGCUUCUUAGUUAUUCGUCGAUUCAGAUAGGAAAAUGCCUAAAGUAAAGACUAACCGCGUUAAAUAUCCAGAGGGAUGGGAAUUAAUUGAACCUACCCUUCGUGAACUCCAAGCAAAAAUGAGGGAAGCGGAGAAUGAUCCACAUGAUAAUAAGAGAAAAUGUGAGACAUUAUGGCCUAUAUUUAAGAUUGCACAUCAGAAGAGCCGCUACAUAUUUGACCUUUACCACCGGAGGAAGGAAAUUUCAAAGGAAUUGUAUGAAUUUUGUUUAGAACAAGGAUAUGCUGACCGCAACUUGAUUGCAAAAUGGAAGAAGCCUGGCUAUGAACGUUUAUGUUGCUUGAGGUGCAUGCAGCCACGGGAUCACAACUUUGCCACCACCUGUGUUUGCCGAGUUCCCAAGCAACUGAGAGAGGAGAAGGUCAUAGAGUGUGUUCAUUGUGGUUGCAGGGGCUGUGCCAGUGGGGACUGAUUGGCAAUUGCAAGGAGAGAUCUCAUGAUUUAUUUGUAAAUUAGCCUUGUUUCGAGGUUGUAUUGCCAACUCUGUAAGGAUAAUAUUUGAUAAUUAACGGCAUAGUUUAACUUAAAUAUCGGACCGGACUCUGUUCUUUAAGAUGUAUUACCUGAUGUACUUUUUGCUAUCCCCAUGAAAGUUGAAGUCUAUGAGAAUAUUAAUUGUAAUAUCAUUUUGGUUUUACAUUUAA